AUGGCUGAACGAAACAUUACUAUCGCUUCAAAUCACUUUAGAGGGAGUGUAGACUCCAAUAUGGCAGCGUCUACGUCUCCCAAAAGCAUUCCCGAAAUAAUUACGAGGACGACCAAAGGAGGGAGGAAGCUUAGAUAUACCUUGACUGUAAUUCAACAACCUGAGCGUGCUAGAGCUUGUGGUUCCGGAGCAAAGUCAUCUGCCGAUCGCCGCCCAGUCGAUCCUCCUCCUGUCGUUCAACUUCGCAUUCACGAUGAAACAGAACCACGACAAGAGAAGGAGAUAACCUUUCACUAUAAUGCAAACUUCUUUCUAUUUGCAACUUUGGAGGUCGCUCGGCCAAUCGCUCAAGGUCGUGUACAAACUUCGGCUCCUCAAGCACCUGUUUUGACGGGCAUGCCAGUGUCUGGAAUGGCAUACUUGGAUAGACCCAAUGAAGCUGGAUAUUUUAUUUUUCCUGAUUUGUCUGUUCGACAUGAGGGCCAGUACAAGUUGAGCUUCAAUCUUUAUGAGGAGACAAAAGAGGAGAAGGAUGUCGAUAUCGAACCUUCGAAUGACUCAAGCAUGCGAAAGAUGUCGAGCGCUGCGGCGGCCGCUGAAUCCUCCUUUGAUUGGCGUAUGGAGCUUAAAUCCGACCAAUUUACUGUAUACAGUGCAAAGAAGUUCCCUGGUCUCUCUGAAAGCACUGAUCUGAGCAGGACGGUGGCGGAACAAGGUUGCCGAGUACGUAUUAGACGUGAUGUGAGGAUGAGAAGAAGAGACACGAAGCCUGGAGGAGACUUUGGUGAAAACGAGGAUGAAUAUCAACAGGGAAGGGCUACUUCGCCUACAUUUGAUUACGCCAUCCAAGCUGCUAGACAGAGAGCUCUGAGUACAAGUGGUAACGAGGAUCCACAACAGAGGCGUGGAUCAGGUGAGAUAUCACCAUACCGUUCGCCUGCUGCAGGUUCUCCAUAUCGUACACCUUCGCUUUCUCCAUCGACGUCAAACGCACCCCUACCUGCUGGUGGACAGCUCCAUUGGAUGGCACAAGGCAGUGGAUAUGCUCCUGUACAGGCAAUCCAACCUCCACCCCCGCCUCCACCUCCGCCUCCGCCUUCCUCAUCCUAUUCACAGCCGAUAUCGGUCGCCUACCCUAACCAAGGUCCAUCGACACCAUUCCGUCAGCAAGCUCUUCAAGGUCCACCUCCGCCACCCCCAGGAAGUUACAGUGGGUUCGAGGAGAGGCAGUCCUUUAGUCAAUUUCGUCCUCCUGCCAAUCCUCCUCAACCACAGUCGUAUGAUCCAGACUACCGGAGAAUGUCUUUUGCAUACCAAAUGUCCAAUGCAUCUCAAGGUUCCCAACCUACCACUCCUGCUGUUCAAAAUUCUACCUACAGCCAGCAAUCUAUGGAACCUACUUAUAGCCGUAAUCCUUCUUCUGCGUACUCAAAUAGCUAUCAGGAUUCUGUCGCUCUCGCACCAUUGCGAGCUGAGCAGCCGACAGCUAUGUCCCCGCUUGCCCCAGUAACUUCUAUGAUCCGUGGACCACCAAGCCUGGCGCCCAUGCCAAGUAUUGGAUUAAGCAACAACUAUAAUAAGCUAGAGAGAUCUGGGUCAUAUAGCCAAUAUCCUCCGAUUGAAGCAGAGCCACCAAGAUCAGCCAAUAAGAGAAGCUACAGUGAUGUUUUCAUCACCCCUAGUGAAUCAUUGUACAACGGUAGACGACCAAGCGCCAUUAGUCAACGAGAAGAAGAUGAGGAGGAACAAAGGUUCAGAGAUCAAAUGACUUACAGGCGAGCUAAUGGCAGCUUCCAACGGAAACCGGCUCCUAACCUCAACUAA